AUGUACGCAGAUCUGAAUCUUGCGAGCCUCGCGCAUCUCCUAGCGUUCACCACCCUCGCAUUGUUCGAAGAGACAUGGCUGCAGCUAAAUGGCAGCGAUGGCUCUCACCCCUUCUCAUUCGCCCAGCUGCCUUUUCUGAAGGCGGUGGAGUUCCACGCGAACAGUCUGCGAUUCGAGCUGAUGUUUCCACCGGGAGUCUCGUUCAGCCGACUUGAGCGGCUGCUCCUUAAAGGUUGCGACGAGAUGGGGCGUCUUCCUGAUGACAUUGGAGAGCGGUUACCAUGCCUUCGACAUCUAAGCAUAUGGGGAUGCAAGAAUCUUUCCGAGCUGCCCGAGCAGUUCGCUUCCCUAAGCUGCCUGCGUGAGCUGACAAUUUACUGGUGCGACAUGGUCAAACUCCCAGAGAAUUUUGGAGAGUUGCCCGCUCUGAAAGUGCUAACACUGAACAGUCUUCCAAUCUCGAGUCUCCCAGAUUCAUUCUACCUGGUGACGUCACUGGAAACCCUCAACCUGUCUUACUACAACUCGAUUUUCUAG